GACCCUCCCUUCCCAAGUUCCAAGUCGCAAACAAAGUAACACUAGAACUCACAAAGGACAGAAGAAACGCGAAUGCCAGGAGAACUCCAAUUACCACCCGGGUUCAGAUUCCACCCCACUGACGAUGAGCUUGUGAAUCACUACUUGUGUAGAAAGUGUGCUGCACAAACCAUUGCUGUUCCCAUCAUCAAAGAAAUCGAUUUGUACAAGUUUGAUCCAUGGCAGCUUCCAGAGAUGGCUCUUUACGGUGAGAAAGAGUGGUACUUUUUCUCUCCUCGAGACCGAAAAUACCCAAACGGUUCGAGACCGAACCGGGCUGCCGGAAGCGGGUACUGGAAGGCUACCGGAGCUGACAAACCGAUCGGAAAACCGAAAGCCCUUGGAAUCAAGAAGGCCCUCGUGUUCUACGCGGGCAAAGCCCCAAAGGGAGUGAAGACCAAUUGGAUCAUGCACGAAUAUCGCUUAGCCAACGUCGACAGAUCCGCCUCAAAAAAAAACACCACCACCAACAACUUGAGGCUUGAUGAUUGGGUUUUGUGCCGAAUUUACAACAAGAAAGGGAAGAUUGAGAAGUACAAUGGUGUUGCGGUGGUGGAUCAGAAAGUGGCCAAGUUAUCAGAAGAGGAGGUUCAGUUCCAGCACGAGACCAAGCCUCAGAUCAAGAUGUACGGCCACGAUGAUUUCAGGAACGACCAAUUGUACAUGGACACGUCGGAUUCGGGGCCCAGGUUGCACACGGACUCCAGCUGCUCCGAGCACGUGGUUUCGCCCGAUGGCACGUGCGAGAAGGAGGUGCAGAGCGAGCCCAAGUGGAAUGAUCUUGAGUUGGGCCCCGACCCAGCCUUGGGCUUCGAUUUUAAUUUCAUGGACCUGACCUCAGAUGACGCUUUUGCCCCUCAGGUUCAAUACCAAAUCAACCAUCUCUCACCGUGGCAAGAAAUGUUCACGUACCUACCAAAGACAUUUUGAUUUUUUUAGGGUCAAUGGGACCCCAAGAAGGAAAUACGGGUCUCACAUUUAUUUUUAAAAUUCGUUAAAAAAAAAAACAACAAAAAAAUCACAUUCAAGCGUACCUACUAUACUACUGUACCUAACUACUACUCAUGCCGGCUUUGGUCUGCACGUGUGGUGACUAUUAUCUGUUCUUGGGAUUGUUGAAUUUGACUGCCAUUGAUCACUAGGAAAAAAUGAGAUCAUAGGUACCUAAAAAUAAGAAAAAUGAUCUCAACUGGGUGAAGAAUGAAGAUCCAUUAGCUAUGUUAGGAAUUGUGUCGACAUGUAAGGACUAAGGACCCCUAGUAGAAAAUUCUUGUUUCAUUGCUAUUGUAGUAGGAUUUUUUUGUAUGUCUGUGAAAUAUUAUAUUAUAUUAUAUUAUAUAUAUAUA